AUGUCUACUGCUCCGACCAGUAUCUCAUAUAUUCGGUCACAAUCUCACUCAGAGUCUAGCUUCAUUACAUUUGAAGAAAAGACCUUACAAGAUAUUAAGAAAGCCCUGGGUUCUUCUGCAACCCCUUUGAUUCGGUUCAUUCGUGGCGAUGAGGAUCCAGAGUCAAUUCCAGCGACCGAACUGCUAGGUCGUUUGCGUGUAGAUCUCUCUACUCCCCUUAGUCCUUCCGAUAAGGAAAAGGUGGCAGAGAUCAGUAAGGUCUCCUUCAAAGGAAAGAACGAGACAUGGAGCCCUGCCCGGUUGGUUGAUCAGGUCGUUUUGCCCUUAUUGAGAGUGGCUAUCGGUGACUCCCCAUUAGAGGCAAUGUCGUGUCGAGGAGAGCUAAUUAACCCCAUUUAUCUGCCUUGCAAUGUGCCGCAAGUUCUGGUCUGCAGUAUCGAUAUUGUUUUCGAGUUUCCCAGAGCACUCUGGAAAUUCCAGUACAAAGCAGCAGGCGCAGAGGAAAAUGAUAUGAGCCAUAUUAGCAACACAUAUGGCGGGCCAGGCUUUGUGGUGAAGAGCGUCGAUGUCGAUAUUCUUGAAUCCCAGAUAGAGCUUGGAGUCUGGAUGGCUGGUUAUUUGACAUGGCUAACAAGCCAUCACAACAGAAAUAUUGAUAUUACCCCCUUGGGAGGUUGUACCGUGCGUGGCGAUGUAUGGGACUUUUAUGUUGCCUUUGGGGAAUAUGUAAGGGACGACAUAAACCAAGUGGAAAUCCUUGUGCGGGUGAAUGUUUGGGGGCCCCUACCUGACCUUACUGGUUUCACUGGGAAUACACCAUCGGCGAUGAGCCUUGCCUGCACACUACGGAGGAUAAUUGAUUUCACAAAGGGUGAUUUCAUCGACAAGCUACUAAACGCUGUUGCGGUAGUAUAG